GGGCUCCCGCACCUGGGGUCUUAACAGCCAGGUCGUGCUCCAGGGUUAGGUGCUCAGGACCCCGGGGGGGCCACCCUGCGCCCGCGGGAUGCUGGAGAUGGUGAAAAGGGGGUUCCUCGUGGGUGUGGGUGAGACGUUUGGUUCCGAGAAAAUCGCGCUUUGAGACGGGGCUCUUCGGGAGGACUGAGCGGGAAGCCUUGCCCUGUUUUGGCAGAGCCUCUAGUAAAACCUCUCAGUGGCUCUAAGGUGGGGAGUGCGUCUUCAGUGCUUUCAAACUAAAGAGUACAGACCGCACAAGGACCUUGAGAACUUGUUGCAUACUGUUAAAGGGCAUUCUUAGCAGGGUUACAGAAUCUGUUAAGAAUAUUGUGCCAGGGUGGCUACAAAGAUAUUUCAACAAGAAUGAAGAUGCAUGUAGCUGCUCAACAGACACAAGUGAGGUUCCACACUGGCCAGAAAAUAGAGAUGAUGAUCAUGUGAUGUAUGGCCAUGAGGAGAGCUCUAAUAAUAAUGAUGGGAGAAUCACCCCUGAGCCAGCUGUCAGUAAUACAGAAGAACCUUCGACAACAAGUACUGCUUCUACUUAUCCAGAUGUAUUGACAAGGCCUUCUCUUCACCGGAGUCAUCUGAACUUCUCCAUGUUGGAAUCUCCAACAUUGCACUGUCAGCCAUCUACAUCCUCUGCAUUCCCAAUUGGCAGUUCUGGAUUUUCCCUUGUAAAAGAAAUAAAAGAUUCUACCUCUCAGCAUGAUGAUGACAACAUCUCAACUACCAGUGGUUUUUCUUCAAGAGCCUCUGAUAAAGAUAUAGCUGUUUCAAAGAACACUUCAUUGCCACCUCUAUGGUCCCCAGAGGCUGAACGUUCUCAUUCACUCUCUCAACAUACUGCCACCAGCUCAAAAAAACCAGCAUUUAACUUAUCUGCCUUUGGAACACUUUCCUCUUCACUUGGGAAUUCUUCAAAUCUUAAAACAAGUCAGCUUGGAGAUUCUCCUUUUUAUCCUGGAAAAACAACAUAUGGUGGGGCAGCAGCUGCUGUAAGACAGUCUAAGCUACGAAAUACACCUUAUCAGGCACCAGUCAGAAGACAGAUGAAAGCUAAGCAGCUUAAUGCACAAUCUUACGGUGUGACUAGUUCAACAGCUCGGCGAAUAUUGCAGUCUUUAGAGAAGAUGUCAAGUCCUCUAGCGGAUGCGAAAAGAAUUCCAUCAGUUGUUUCUUCUCCUCUAAACUCUCCUCUUGAUAGGAGCGGGAUAGAUAUCACAGAUUUUCAGGCCAGAAGAGAAAAGGUGGAUGCUCAAUAUCCCCCUGUUCAGAGACUUAUGACCCCAAAGCCAGUUUCCAUUGCAGCAAAUCGAACUGUUUAUUUUAAACCAUCUCUGACCCCAUCUGGUGAAUUAAGAAAGGUUAAUCAAAGAAUUGAUAAAAAGGACAAUACUGGAUAUGAAAAAAAUAUGACACCAAGACAAAAUAGAGAACAAGAAAGUGGCUUUUCAUAUCCAAAUUUCAGUAUUCCUGCAGCCAAUGGUUUAUCUUCUGGAGUAGGUGGUGGAGGUGGCAAGAUGAGACGAGAGAGAACACGCUUUGUUGCUUCUAAACCUUCAGAGGAGGAGGAAAUGGAAGUACCAGUGUUACCGAAAAUACCCCUACCAAUCACCGGUUCUUCACUGCCUACCUUCAAUUUUAGUUCUCCAGCAAUCACAACUUCCUCUCUGUCACCCAUCGGUCCUUCUCAGUCGUUAACAAACAAGGUACAAAUGACAUCUCCAAGCAGCCCUGGAAGUCCCAUGUUUAGAUUUUCAUCUCCAAUUGUAAAGUCUACUGAGGCAGAUGUACUACCUCCAUCCUCUAUUGGAUUUACAUUUAGUGUGCCUGUUGCAAAAACAGAAUUUUCUGGCUCCACUAGUACUUCAGAACCAAGUAUAAGUAGUUCUGCUCAAGAUAUCACUGUGGUGAACAGCACAAGCUGUCAGAAGCGAAAUGAAGAUUAUGAGGGCCUUUUUAGACCUGUAAAAAUCCUGAAAGAAGGAAGUGUUCUAGAUGUUCUGAAAAGCCCUGGUUUCACAUCGCCAAAGGUAGAUCCUCUUGCUGCUCAGUCUACCACAACAAGCCCAGUAGUUUAUACAAGACCAGCAAUAAGUACAUUUUCUUUGAGUGGAAUUGGGUUUGGGGAGAAUUUAAAGGGUGGAUCAUCAUGGCAGUGUGAUACGUGUCUACUCCAGAACAAAGUUACAGACAACAAGUGCAUAGCCUGUGAAGCAGCAAAAUUGCCAUCAAGGGAAACUGCCAAACAAACUGGAAGUGGGACACCAACCAAAAGUGGCAAAGCAACUCUUUCUGCGUCGGCUACAGGCUUUGGAGACAAAUUUAAACCAGGAACUUGGGAUUGUGACACCUGUUUAGUGCAAAAUAAACCGGAAGCAAUGAAAUGUGUAGCCUGUGAAACACCGAAACCUGGCACUGGUGUGAAGCGUGUGCUCACAUUGACAGUGGUUUCAGAAAGUGCUGGGACCAUGGCUGCGUCAUCUUCCAGCUGUACUGUGGCAUCUGGUUCUUUAGGAUUUGGAGAUAAAUUCAAAAAGCCUGUGGGGUCUUGGGAGUGUCCAGUUUGCUGUGUUUCUAACAAUGCAGAAGACAACAAAUGCGUGUCCUGCACUUCUGAGAAACCAGGAAGUUCAAUACCUGCUUCAAGUAGCAACACUGUGCCUGUCUCUCUGUCUUCUGGAGGCUGCCUAGGAUUGGAGAAGUUCAAAAAACCUGAGGGAAGCUGGGACUGUGAAGUGUGCCUAGUCCAGAAUAAAGCCGACUCUAGCAAGUGUGUUGCAUGUGAAAGUGCAAAGCCAGGCACGAAAGCUGAGUUUAAAGGCUUUGGCACAUCAUCCUCGUCUUUGAAUCCAUCAACUACGUCCUUCAAAUUUGGUAUCCCAUCAUCUUCUGGGCCUUGUGUAUCAUCUGACUCUGGAUCUAUAAACCCCAUCAGUGAAGGCUUUAAAUUUUCUAAACCUACUGGGGAUUUUAAAUUUGGAGUUUCAUCAGAUUCUAAACCUGAAGAAGUUAAAAAAGACAGUAAGAAUGAUAAUUUUAAAUUUGGACUUUCUUCUGGUUCAAGCAUCCCAGCUUCAUCAGCUUCAUUUCAGUUUGGAGUGUCUAAUCUUGGGCAGCAAGAAAAGAAAGAGGAACUGCCUAAAUCUUCACCUGCAGGCUUUAGCUUUGGUACGGGUGUUAUUAACCCUACCCCUGUUGCUACUGAAACUGUGGUGACCUCUGAGAAUAAGAGCAGCUUCAGUUUUGGAACCAUAGAAACCAAGAGUGUCUCAGUGGCUCCUUUCACUUGUAAAAUGACAGAAGCUAAAAAGGAAGAAAUGCCUACAACCAAGGGAGGGUUCACUUUUGGCAACAUGGAACCUUCCUCUCUGCCUUCUGCCUCCAUGUUUGUUUUGGGAAGGACAGAAGAGAAGCAACAAGAGCCCGUCACUUCUACUUCUCUGGUUUUUGGGAAGAAAGCUGACAAUGAAGAGCCGAAGUGUCAACCAGUGUUUUCCUUUGGGAAUUCAGAGCAAACCAAAGAUGAGAGUUCUUCAAAGUCAACAUUUAGUUUCAGUAUGACAAAACCAUCUGAGAAGGAAUCUGAUCAACCAGCAAAGUCUACAUUUGCUUUUGGAGCUCAAACCAAUACUACAGUUGAUCAAGGAGCAGCAAAGCCAGUUUUUAGUUUCUUGAACAAUAAUUCCUCUGGUUCAAGUACACCAGCCACUUCAGCUGGUGGUGGCAUAUUUGGUAGUUCCACUUCUUCCUCCAAUCCACCUGUGCCUGCCUUUGUGUUUGGACAGGUCAGCAAUCCUGUGAGCAGCUCCGCUUUUGGUAACUGUGCUGAAUCCAGUACAUCUCAGUCUUUGCUGUUUUCUCAGGAUAGCAAACCAGCAACCACAUCCAGCACAGCUACAGUGGUUACCCCAUUUGUCUUUGGGCCAGGAGCCAGCAGUAAUAGUACUGCAACCUCUGGUUUCAGCUUUGGAGCUACAACCACUGCAGGGUCCUCCUUUGUAUUUGGCACUGGGCCUACAGCACCAUCUGCCAGUCCAGCAUUUGGUGCUAACCAGACCCCAACAUUUGGACAGAGUCAAGGUGCCAGCCAGCCCAAUCCCCCAAGCUUUGGAUCUAUAUCAUCUUCGACAACAUUGUUUUCUGCUGGGUCUCAGCCUGCACCACCUACUUUUGGAACAGUGUCAAGUAGCAGCCAGCCUCCUGUGUUUGGACAACAGCCUAGUCAGUCAGCAUUUGGCUCUGGAGCAGCUCCUAAUCCCAGUUCCGGUUUCCAAUUUGGCAGCAGCACUACAAAUUUCAAUUUCACAAACAACAACCCAUCAGGAGUGUUCACAUUUGGUGCAAAUCCUAGCACGCCUGCAGCCUCUGCCCAGCCUUCAGGCUCAGGGGGCUUUCCAUUCAACCAGCCUACAGCAGCUUUCACAGUGGGGUCAAAUGGGAAAAAUAUGUUCUCCUCUUCUGGAACUUCAGUUCCUGCUCGCAAAAUAAAGACUGCUGUUAGGCGCAAGAAAUAAAGGUCACAGUGGUGUUGCACACAACAGUUUUAACUACAGCUGGUGCCCUUCUUUCAGAUACUGGAUUGUACUCCAGACUGGGCUCGUCUGAAGUCACAUCUGCCUAAGGACUUCUUUAAUUUUGGAAUUUUCCUCCUCUUUUUCUUUACAGAAGCUCCACUCCCACCUCUAUCAAUCUCCACCCCCCUUUUUAAAAAAAAUAAUAGCUAGACUGGUGACUGAUUCUUCAGCAAAAAUAUUUUAUGAUUCAGCACAUUAUUCACUGAUUUUGGCAUAGUCUGGCUGUCCCCAGGAAUAGAGCCUGCACGGUGAAUGGCUUUGUAUAGACCCUCUUCGUCUGCACCGCUAUGUGCGCUGAUAAGCGUUUGUGGAACGCAUUGAACUUGUAAUUAUAUCUGAGGAAUUCUGUAUAGAUUAGAGGACGUUGAAAUGAAUGAUCUCUAUGCCGAGUUUGUGCUGGUGUACGUGUGAAGUGAGUGAGUUGGGUGUGUUGUGCACUAAGAUUUUCUGAUAGAGAAAGCCUGAUUAAAGAACGGUCCAUGCCAAGGACUUGUUAGAUCUAGUUCAUUGUCCAUUUAAUAAUUAUAUGCUAUUUCUACAUUUUCAUUCUUCUAUCACCUGUCUUGCCUUUUUCAUUAUUUUAUUAUGAAACUUCUGUAAAUAUAAUUUUGUUUCUGUACUUUUUUGGCAUAACAUAAAUCUGUGAACUUGAAAUUUUAAUUUUGUGUUAGACAUUUUUUUUUGUUUGUUUAGUCUUGUCUCAGAUUUUAUUAUGUAAAUCCCAUUAUUCAAAGUUGCCUAAAUCCAUUUAGAAAUCUUUAAAAAAAAAAUUGGGGAUACUUAAAGUUGAAUUUAUUGGCUUUUCUGAUCCAGUUUUGUUUGGACCAAAAACCAGUAUUGUACAAAGUAUUAAGCAUAUAUUUUUAUAUUUACUGAAAUGGACUGUGGUGACUUUGGAUAAUAAGGAAAAGUUUAAUAUUAAAGCCAUGUUUAUUACAGUAUAAUUAACAUGUUAAACCAUGGGAUAAAUGCCAUCAAUAAAAAUUUAUGAAGCA